AUGAAGUCAGCUACCUCCUUCGCAGCCAUCGUCGGCCUCUUAUCCGGCGCCGCCGAUGCUUUCUGGCGCAUGGAAUGUCAUUCUCGCACUGGACUGGCGCGUAUAGAUCCUCUCGUUGAGCCGAAUGAAAUCGCCAACCAUGGACAUGUCAUCCACGGCGGAAGCAAUUUCGGAAUGGAUACGACAUACGCCGACCUCAGGGCUUCUGAGUGCACGUCAUGCCGAGUUAAGGAGGACAAGUCGGCUUACUGGACUCCUUCUAUGAACUUCAUCUUCGAGAAUGGCACUACCGUGCUUGUCCCGCAAGUCGGUGGCAUGCUUGCGUACUAUCUUCUCUAUGGCGAAAACAUUAAGGCUUUCCCAGCGAACUUCCGAAUGCUGGCUGGUGACACCCGCCUCCGUAACUUUUCCGGCCCGGUCCCAGAUCCACCAAAGUCGAACUGGGGACCUGAAGACAAGACGCAGUUUGCGCUGGGACAGAAGGCGCUGGGUUUCAACUGCCUAAACUAUGCGAAGACCCCCGAGGGUUCAAUGUACCGUCAUUUCCUCCCUGACAAGCAGUACAUGGAUGAAAACUGCGCUGACGGUAUCCGUGCCGAGAUAUUCUUCCCUUCUUGCUGGAAUGGAAAGGAUCUUGAUGCGAAGAACCACAAAGAUCACAUGGCGUAUCCGGAUCUUGUCAAUGAUGGGACUUGUCCUGAGGGCUUCGACACUCGCGUUCCAUCAAUGUUCUUCGAAACGAUAUGGAACACAGCUGCUUUCAAGGGUCAGGCGGGACAGUUCGUGUUUUCUAACGGUGACCCAACUGGCUAUGGCUACCACGGAGACUUUAUGACAGGCUGGGACCCCGACUUCCUCCAAACCGCCGUCAACGAUUGUACUAACCCCUCCGGCAACAUUGCCGACUGCCGCCAUUUCACUCUCCAGACCGAAGCCGAAGGCGCCAAGUGCACGUUCAAGAUGCCUGAUGUUCUGAAAGAGGACAACUGUGCCGGCCCAGCUGAUGGUCUUUGCGGAAAUGUGCCUAUCCAAGCUGGCCCUGAAUACGCCUCACUUGUCCAACCCGGUGACUCGGCGACUCCUACAGGUGGAUACACUCCUCCGGCAACGACAGAACUCCCUCCGGUUCCCACGUUGUCGUACAAGGCGCCAACCUCGGCUGUUACCGACAAGUAUGGUGGUGGCAUCUCCGUCGCCGCCAUCAAUGCCGGCCUAUCCCAGGCAUCUGAGGUCGCCAUUGCCGCCACGAGCACCCCAGUCGUAUCUGAAGCACCACCCUUUGUUACAAGCGCACCAGUUGUGCCUGAGCAGCCGCAAGGCCAUGUGAUCUCAACAUCUACGUACACGAGCGCCGGCACCGUGUACGAGGUCGCGAUCAUGGAAGUCGAUAUCACGGUGACGGUGGAACCGACACCAGCUGCGCGACAUCGCCGUCAUGUUCACCAUAUGCAUCGCCGAGACCGCGAGCAUGGAUUGUUGGGACGAUAUUAA